UGCAGUGUUUCGUUUGGAAAUAACUCAAAGCCAGAAAGAAAACAGGACAUUGCGGAGGAAACUACUGGAACUGAAGGUGGCACGGGAGCGCGCAGAGAGGACAAGUCGAGAGCGCGUCUUCGCCAGUCGUCCCAGUAGUGUGAAGAUCCUCGACCGAUACAGAGGAAUGGCAAGAGGUGAAGGACAUCUCACUGGAGGCCACAGGAGCUUUGUGAAGCCAACGGGACACAAUACAUGGAGAGAAGACCAACCAAUCACUGUUGAUGAGGGGAGUGGAAUCUCCACCCAGCAUGUUAUGGUGAUAGAGUCUACAGAUGCAGAGGCUGCAGGUCCUGGGGUCAAGCAGGAGAGGUCUGAAGGAGAGGAGGACCCACGGAACAGCAGAGACAUUCAUUCUGGAGCGGAUGGAGCGCACCUUGAAGCCACGGAGGACUCCACCCCCGCCUCAGUGCAACCCAGGACCCGACGCAGCAUCACGGAGGUCAGUGGAACGCCGAAUGCCAUCCUCAAGUCAGAGACAGACACCAAGACUUUAACUGUAACACACAGGGUCUUACACACAGGAUCUGACCACAGAUCAGACCAAGAGAGACUGGGGCUGGGGAGACUGGGCUGUCCUCCUGCUCCCGGCUCAGAGUACUUAACGGUAUUUCACCAGAGCCAGAGGACGGUUCAUUCCCAUGGUGAUGGUGACGCGUUACACUCUGGCAGUGAUGAUCCGUCUUGUUCUUACACUACAGAGAUGGACCCUGGCAACAUGCCCUUGGGUUUAGAGACACAGACUGAUCUGUCUAGAGGGGACUGGAACCAGUACAGUAGUAGUCUAUACUCUGAUGGGCAUCUAGAUAAGAAAGGGGAAGAUCGGGUCAUAGAGGAAGUGAAAGUGGAGGGCGACGGUCCUCCCACAUGGAAUGCAGAUAGUCACCUAGGAGACGGACACUCACAGGGCAGAUAUUUCUUAGAUUACAGGGGAAGCUUAGAGACAAAUCCAAUUCUAGAAACCCACUCCCCUUUACACUCGUUCAGGGAUCGCGACCCAGUGUCCACCUCGAUGGGGCAUUCCGAUUCAAACGGCCGCAAUCUUUUCGAUCAGGUAUUGAAAUCAAACGACAGGGCUAGAGCCCAGGCUCGGGAGGGGGAGCAACAUCAGGCUGGCAGCCUGAAGAGGCACCUGAAGGUCCACACGGGAGAAAGGCCGUUCGCCUGGACGUAG